AUGAAGCUCUCCUUUGGUAUUCUGGUGAUCACUGCAGGCAUCUUCAGUAUCCUCAGCUUUGGGUUACUGGCCACUGCCAUCGGAACCGACUACUGGUACAUAAUCAAGGUGAACAGAACCAACCUGACCAACACAGAGAAUGUGGACUCCCAUUCUGGACUAUGGAUCAUAUAUGAAGGUCACAAGGCAUAUUCCUUUACGACUGACUCCUCCAACCACUCUAAACCUGAGCUGCGCAUGUUGAACAUGCACAGUGCCAUUGUGGUCCUACUGCCUCUCAGCCUGGUUCUGCUGUGGGUUGGAGGUAUCUGUGGAUUGGUCAGUUCCCUGGUCCGGAGCCCCACCCUCCUCACUGGCACCGCCACGUUUAUCCUACUCAGCAGUGUCCUGACCCUCUCUGGUGUGAGCCUGUACAUCAACUACUCCCAGCAGGCUCUGGCUGAGACUGAGAGGCUGGUUGGGGCUGAGCGCCUGGCCCAGGUCAGCACAUCAUUCGGCUGGUCCCUUGGCCUGGCCUGGCUCUCUUUCUGCCUAGAGGUCCUCUCUGGCCUUCUGCUGCUGCUGGCUGCCCACCCCAUCAUCCUUUAGUUUCUACCUAACCCAGAGGCCAGGAUCUACAGAGGCCCACAAGAACUG